UUCCCCCGCAAGACUGAUCGAAUCUUUGUGUUCUUCGGAUUGAUUUCAUUAGUAUUUGGAUCGAAUCAUCUACUUUUCACCGCUAGGUUAUAGUGGGAUUGUGCUGAUCAAGCCUUUAGUCUGAAUCAUGGCGAUUUUUACCAAAACAGAGGAUACGAAGCAAACACAUAAAGCCUUCCAGUUCUGGAAGCAUAACAGAACAAGAGACCGACCUGAUCUAAUGACGCCUGAGGGCUUGCAACUUUAUCUAGACACAAGACUUGAGCAGUUGAAAGUUUUUACUGAGCUUGGACUUUGUCAGGAAGCUUUUCGCGCUACCAAAGAUAUAUAUGGAUUAAUGUGCAUGGUCAAGAAAACUCCCAAGUCAUCUUUAUUGGUGGUUUAUUAUUCCCAAUUGGUUGAGAUCUUUUGGACUUCUUCUAGCAAUCUUUACCAUGCUUCUGCAUGGUUUAAGUUGUUUAGCUUGCAGACAAAUUUCAAUAAGAACUUAAGCCAGAAUGAUUUACAGCUAAUAGCGUCAUCUGUUGUCUUGGCGACAUUAUCUGUUCCACCAUAUGGUCAGUCUAACGGUUCAUCGCAUUUGGAGCUUGAAAAUGAAAAAGAACACAAUUUGAGGAUGAGUAACCUCAUAGGGUUCAAUCUUGAACAUAAAUUCGAGGGCAGAGAUAUGCUUUCCCGGGAAUCACUUCUGUCAGAGCUGGUUUCAAAAGGUGUUUUGAGCUGUGCAACUCAGGAGGUCAAAGAGCUUUACCAUCUCUUAAAGCAUGAACUUCACCCACUGGAUCUUGGUUCCAAGAUUAAGCCUUUGCUGGACAGAAUUUCUAAACUCGGGGGUAAGCUUUCAUCAGCUCCUUCUUUACAAGAAGUGCAGCUCUCCCGAUAUGUUUCAUCUUUGGAGAAGAUUGCUACUCUGAAGCUGCUUCAACAAGUUUCUAAGAUUUAUCAGACAAUAACAAUUCAGAAUCUAGCUCAGUUGGUCCCUUUUUUCGACUUCUCAGCCGUUGAGAUGAUAGCAGCUGAUGCUGUAAGGAAUAAUUUUGUUGACAUGAAAGUUGAUCACAUAAAGGGUGUUGUAAGUUUUGGAAAUCUGAGUAUUGAGUCUGAUGGGCUGAAAGAUCCUCUUGCUAUUUUUACUGAGACUAUGAACAAAGUAAGAGCGAUGUUAUUUCCUGCUCCAAAUAAAGCAAUACAGCUUGGUGGCAUAGUACCAAAUCUAGAAGAGACUGUAGAAAGAGAGCACAAAAGACUACUUGCUCGGAAAUCAUUCAUUGAAAAGAGGAAGGAGGAACAAGAGCGUCAGCAAAUAGAGAUGGUUUUGAAGGAACGUGAAGAGGAGCAGACAAAGCUUAAGAUUUUGAAGCUAACCGAGGAGGCAGAACAGAAGACACUUGCGACAGAUCUUCAGGAGAGGAGGAGACAGAGAAUACUUAGGGAGAUUGAGGAGAGCCGGCUUAAGGGAGUAACAAAGCAAACCGUGCUAUUGAGGGCCAUGGGUGAAAAGCUCAAGAAAGAUCAAGAAAUGAAGAAUAAGCUCCGAAAAAUUGCCAAAACUAUGGAUUAUCUGGAACGGGCAAAGCGAGAAGAAGCUGCCCCUUUGAUUGAAGCUGCAUAUCAGCAACGAUUGGUAGAGGAGCGUGGGGUCGAGCUCAGCAAGGAACAUCAAGAGAGUGACUUGAAGGAGAAGAAAAGGUUGGCGAGAAUGUUUGAUAAUAAGGAAAUAUUCCAAGAGAGGGUGAUUAGUCUUCGACAAGCUGAGUUUGAGAGACUAAGAAAAGAGAAAGUGGAUCGUAUUGGCCAGAUAAUUCUGGCUAGGAAACAAGAAAGUGAUAUUAAGAGAAAGCAUAUAUAUCAUUUGAAAUCAGAAGAAGAAAGGAUAAGAAAGCUUCAGGAAGAUGAGGAAGCGCUUAAGCGUGAAGAAACUGAGAAACUUAGAAAGGAAAAAGCUAAAUGGAGAGCUAAGUUAUAUGAAAUUGCAGAACAGCAAAGGCAGAGAGAACAAGAGGUGAAUGAAAGGCUAGGUUGAGGCGAUAAGCUACUUUGAAACAAUAUUGGCCAGAUUUAAACGUCUUUUAAGACUUGUUUUCAGUUGGAUUAGACAAAAACUAUAAAAUCUUGGGGACAAAGUUGUGUUUAGUGCUGCUCAAGUCCUUUUCAGGACACAAUGAUUUGUGGGUCACU